AUGGCGCCACUGAGUCAGCUGAGUGGUUACAUCAACUCCACCUGCGGGACAGACAACUUCACGGGGGACAACCAGGCUCGCCCACAUGCCUACUAUGCCCUGUCCUACUGUUCGCUCAUCCUUGCCAUUGUCUUUGGCAAUGGUCUGGUGUGUGUGGCUGUGCUGAGGGAACGGGCCCUGCAGACCACCACCAACUACCUGGUAGUGAGCCUGGCUGUGGCAGACUUGCUGGUGGCCACCUUGGUGAUGCCCUGGGUGGUGUACCUGGAG